AUGACGAAAAUAUACGAAGAGCAGCCUGCUGUCAAGACUAUUGAUGAGGAAGCUUCCUCAACAAGUGAUGAUAGCUCCAGCAUCUCAAGUGAUGAGAAUAAGGAGCGUGGAAAUUGGACAGGGCGACUGGAUUUUAUUUUGUCAUGUGUUGGAUUUGCUGUUGGUUUGGGCAAUAUCUGGCGUUUCCCUUACUUGUGCUACAAGAGUGGUGGAGGAGCCUUUCUCAUUCCCUACUGUUUAUUCCUUGUACUUUGUGGAUUACCUUUGGUCUUCAUGGAGACAGCAUAUGGCCAGUUUGCCAGUCUCAGUCCUGUGACUGUCUGGAGAAUCAGUCCCUUAUUCAAAGGUGUUGGGUAUGGAAUGGUAAUUAUAUCUGGUAUUGUAUGCAUCUAUUACAAUAUCAUCAUCACAUGGACCCUAUACUAUCUAUUCUAUUCAUUCCGUGCAAUCCUACCCUGGAGUCAUUGUGAAAAUGAUUGGAACACAAAACACUGUGUGGUGACAGUAAAAGAAAAUGAAACUGAAUCUGUAAAUAAUACUUAUCUUAACAACAUGACAUCCAAUACUUCAACAUUGAGCUUCAAUGCCACUAAUGUCACUCAAGCGGUUGCAACAGUUUUGAAUUCUGCUGACACUGAAACUGUUAACAAAACAUUUAAAAUGUCUCCCAGUGAAGAAUUUUGGCAGCGCAGAGUUCUUCAUAUUACUGAUGGCAUUGAUGAUUUAGGAGUUGUGCGUUGGGAGCUUCUCCUCUGCUUGAUGUUGGCAUGGAUUCUUGUGUUCCUAUGUCUGUGUAAAGGAGUCAAGUCUUCUGGUAAAGUUGUGUAUGUUACUGCAACUUUUCCAUAUUUAGUACUAACAAUUCUACUCAUUCGUGGAGUUACGUUACCAGGUGCUUGGAAUGGAAUCAAAUUUUAUCUGGUUCCAAAAUGGUCAAAACUCUUAGAAUUCCAGGUCUGGGGUGAUGCAGCCACACAAAUUUUCUACUCGGUGGGUAUGUCUUGGGGAGGGCUCAUUACCAUGGCAAGUUACAACAAGUUUCACAACAAUGUGUACAGGGAUGCAAUGUUGGUUCCUUUAAUUGGUUGUUGUACCAGUAUUUUUGCUGGAUUUGUCAUUUUCUCUGUCCUGGGUUUCAUGUCUUAUGAAACAGGAAUAUCAAUUGAAUCCGUUGUCACACAAGGCCCUGGUUUGACAUUUGUUGCUUACCCUGAAGCUGUUACAAAGUUGCCAGUCUCUCCCUUAUGGGCAAUUUUGUUCUUUUUAAUGUUGUUCACUGUUGGUUUAGAUAGCCAGUUUGGAAUGUUUGAAACCAUGACAAGUGCUUUCAUGGAUGAAUUUCCUGAAUUGCUUCGUAAAAAGAAAGUGCUCUUCACUGCAGUUGUCUGCUUUAUAGAGUUCCUGCUUGGCAUUCCUUUUAUCACACAAGGAGGUAUCUACUUGCUGCAGGUUGUGGAUUGGUACUGUUCAACUUUUUCUUUGAUGAUCCUGUCUCUGACUGAAUGUGUGGUGAUUGCUUGGAUUUAUGGUGCUGACCGUUUCUACAGUGACAUCACACUGAUGAUUGGUUAUACUCCAAGUAGCUGGUGGAAAAUCUCCUGGAGAUUCAUUACUCCACUUAUCACACUGUUUGUAUGGUUAUUCAGCAUCAGUAAACUGAGCCCUGUUACUUAUGGAGAUUAUCAAUACCCGACUUGGUCUAUCGUGUUUGGUUGGGUGCUUGGAAUGGUAUCAUUAGUACCUUUGCCAGCUGUAAUGAUAUCACAGAUUUUCCAGACUAAAGGAACUUUUAUUGAGAGAGUGAAAAAGUUGAUUCACCCUGAUCCUAAAUGGGGACCAGCCCUUCCACAAUACAGAGAUCAAUACAUUGCUUCUCUUAGUUUCAGUGACCGUCAACGUAUGCUACGUCACAUCAUGGAAAAUGAGAAAGAUGGACCUCAUGAUAUGUCUAUCAUUGGUGAACAUGCAAAGAUGCUUCAACUACAGUUAGAUUCUGUAUGUUGA